CUGCAGCGAUCCAUCAGUUUUCGUAAUGAGAGUCAGACGGAGAGAGCAGCUCCUCCUCCUCCCUCCUCCUCCUCCUCCUCUUCCUCCACGAUGAAGAUGCGCGUUGUCUCGGCGUCCGUGUCCAACCCGACUUCCUCCGUGAACGCCACCCGGGUCUCCGCGGCCGCGGCGCCACCCGCCAAGCGCCGCGACAGCAAGCUCUGGAGCGAGACGUUCGACGUCAGGCUGGGAGCGACUCAACCUCUGAGCCCGAAAGAGAUUAAACGACAAGAGUCUAUAUUUGAGUUGUCUCAGGGUGAACAAGACUUGGUGGAGGAUCUCAAGUUGGCUAAAAAGGCUUACCAUGACCCGAUGCUGAAGCUGUCAAUCAUGACAGAGCAGGAACUGAACCAGAUCUUUGGCACUCUGGACUCGCUGAUACCCCUGCAUGAAGACCUGCUAAGUCGCCUCAAAGAUGCCAGAAAACCUGAUGGGUCCACGGAACAUGUGGGACACAUCCUGACUGACUGGCUUCCCUGUCUCAGCUCCUACACCUCGUACUGCAGUAACCAGGUGAAGGCCAAGGACUUGUUGGACCAGAAGAAGCAGGAUAGACGGGUCCAGGACUUCUUGCAGCGCUGUCUCCAGUCACCCUUUAGCAGGAAGUUGGACCUGUGGAACUUCCUGGACAUCCCCCGCAGCCGCCUGGUGAAAUACCCGCUGCUAGUCAGGGAGAUCCUGAAGCACACGCCCAACGACCACCCAGACCGGCAGCACCUGGACGAGGCGAUGCUGAUGGUCCAGCGCGUGGUGGCGAACAUCAACAGGCUGACGGGGGAGUCAGAGUGCCAGUACUACAAGGACCGCCUGCUGUACACAGAGGACGGACAGAGGGACCAUCUCAUCGACCGGUCCAGGACCCUGAGCUGCCACGGGGAACUGAAGAACAACAGAGGACUCAAGCUCCAUGUGUUCCUGUUUCAGGACGUCCUGGUCAUCACCAGGUCCGUCUCGCUGAACGACCAGCCAAUCAGCUACCAGCUCUGCCGCCAGCCAAUCCCCAUCCGGCAUCUGGACCUGGAGGACCUAUCAGACGGGGAGAUGAGAGUGGGCGGGUCCAUCAGAGGAGCCUUCAGCAACAACGAGCGGACGAAGAACUUCUUCCGGGUUUCGGACCGUACGGGAGGUCAGCUGCAGAGCCACUGCUUCCAGGCCAGCGACGCCUUCAACAAACAGCAAUGGAUCAACUGCAUCAGACAAGCCAAAGAAGCCGCGGCGCUGACUGGAGACCAGCCGCCGCAGACGGGACAGUGUCUGGAGACGGCGCUGGGGGGACAGAUAGGGCUGCUCGGUGAGGCUGGGCUGAGUUUGCGCGGUGAAGAUAAAAACGAGAUGGAAACAGGGCUUGGUGUGGAAGGAGAGGAAGGUCUGAGUGGAGAGAGAGAGCUCUGUUUGACUGGAGAGACAGUUAUGGGUAGGGAUGGUGAGACGGGCUUGAGAUUAGAUGGAGAAACAGGGAUGGAUGGUGAGACAGGCUUGAGAUUAGAUGGAGAAACAGGGAUGGAUGGUGAGACAGGCUUGAGAUUAGAUGGAGAAACAGGGAUGGAUGGUGAGACAGGCUUGAAAUUAGAUGGAGAAACAGGGAUGGAUGGUGAGACAGGCUUGAGAUUAGAUGGAGAAACAGGGAUGGAUGGUGAGACGGGCUUGAAAUUAGAUGGAGAAACAGGGAUGGAUGGUGAGACAGGCUUGAGAUUAGAUGGAGAAACAGGGAUGGAUGGUGAGACGGGCUUGAGAUUAGAUGGAGAAACAGGGAUGGAUGGUGAGACGAGGCAGCCAAUCAGUGAAGUGGAGACAGGGCAGGUGGGUGGGGAGAUGGGGGCAGAGCCAGGAGCCAGAGCAGACUGGGAAAUGGAUGGUGGGGGAGAAACUCUGGGGGGAGGUGCUGCUAAUGAUGUUCCAGCCUCCCUUUUCUCCUCCUCUUCUCCCUGUCAAGAGGAGCAGGAGGAGGAGGGAGAGGACCGCAUGGACACCGGAGAGGUGGACUCACCGCAGUGCGAGGAGCUGAACCUCCGGUGCUGAUGCUAGGACCAAAACCACACUGAGGGACUGACAGCCAAUCAAAUCGGUGGACUUGAUGAUGAUGUCACUGACAGACUAAGUCAAAAGAACAUCAGACAAAACUUGCAAUACAUAGAUAUAAAUACGUAGAUACCGCCUCCGGCUUGCGAUAUGUGUCUCUGCCCCUGAGACUCUUUGUCUCUGGUCUCUGUUGUGCUGUUUUUGAAUGUUCAGGAGGAAAGAAAAAGCCCAAACUAAGCAACAUUAAAUAACAUUUUACGAGAGGUACGAGAGGUAACGUUAAUCCUUCUUUUAAAGGGCAAUUGCGGCGCAAAAUGAACCUAGGGGUUAUUAACUGAUGUGUACCUACUCGACCGUUCUCUGGGACAUGUUUUCAUGCUAAUCGAAUGUGUAAAAUUUGUAGCUUG